CUGCCAUGUUCCCACCGUGUCCCCCGAUGGCUUCGGCUCCCAACGGUCGCUCCCCGGCGCUGGGUCCAGAGCGGCCCGAGGAGGGGAUGCUCUGUGUGCCGGAACGGUGAGAGUUUCUCAGAGGCAAUCCUCCCGUUGCAGCUGCUGACAGCACUGAAAACCUGUGUGCUUCGUGGUGUCCAUCGCCCAGCUGGCAACGAUUCCCUGGUGUUUGGUGCAUUAAGUCACACCCAGCUGUGUGGGAUGGCAGAGUCAGGUGGGCCCUUUAUUGAACAGAUUUAUCUGCUACAAGGCUACGCAGAAGGAUGGAAAGGAGGAACACAGGGGGAAAAAAAAAUAGAUGAAAGGCCAUGCAUUGAUCACCUGAUGUACUCCAGAGACAAACAUGGCUAUUACAGGGGCUGGUUCUGGGGUAACAAGGAAACACAAGGCCUAAACACCUCUGGCUUGUCUGUCCAAGGAUCUGCCUCAAUUGUGGCUCCCAUCCUUCUGAAGAACUCUUCAGCACAGUGAGUUACCUUCUAUAACUAUUUAUUGUUGUAUUGUUGUUGUGAGACCUCAUUGCUGGGUGAGAAGACCAGGGGAAAUUAAAGGCUGUAUGCCACUGUUACUUCACUGAAUUCUUGUACUCUGUUAAAAUCAAAACAAAAGGGAUUUACACUGUAAGAAACACUUAAAUGUAAGUUAAGGUAAAGGUCACAGUGCUAAAACCUAAGAGCAGAUAGCCUUGAGCUCCUUUAUAUUCCUACUCCUGCCUCCAGGGUAUCAUCAGCUAUCCCCUAGAUCUUGCAGUGGAAGAGAUGCUGAACCAUCAGCUGUUCCAUAUUCUACACCACGUGUCUUUUUACCAUGCUCCUCUGAGAAGCAUCUCUCCCUUCUCUGUUUCUUUGCAGACAAGAAGGGAGAAAUUGGGAUUGCCUUUGUUCUUUUGCCUGUUCAUAAAAAGGCCGCUUGUGGCUGUGUGCAGUGGCAACUGCAUCACAGAAUCUUAGAGGUGAUUAUUCGCAGGUUAAGGAAAUAAUUCCCUUUUUUGUCACUGCUGCGCUGAAUUUCAUAGGCGUGUGUGUGGCUCGAUGCCUAAGAUAUUUAAAGCAGGUUUUAUUCUUACAGGGGUUUUGCACACUAAAGUGUGCGCCCAGGUUUUGUUUCCAGAAGUGAGGUGUAGCGCUGGGUGUUUCAUUUGGUGUGUUACUUGUUCUGUUGUGUCAAUAACUGCAGUGUCCUCCCUGUGCCUGUGUAUUGCAGGGGCAGUCGAGUGCUGGUUAUAAAGGUGGUGAUAAUUAGGAAUAAGCUGUUUAAGCUUGGAUAAAUGUUUAGAAAUCAUUGCUUAGAUAUUGCUGUGUAAAACGCUCGCUCGCGGUGGGAGAAUUCUCCAGGGUCAAGCUGUUCAGAGGCAGGGUUCCUGGACGAGGUGACCCAGGACAGCUUCGUGCUGGGCCCGGGCUACGACCGCCCCUAGCAGCUGGAGCCCGCGGUGAGGGAGCCCAAGAGCAUCCAGCUGUACCAGCACCUCAGCCUCAAGAGCUGCAUCUGGACCUUCGACGCUUAUUACGACAUGACCGAGUUAAUUGAUGUCUGUGGGGGCUCUGUCACCGCUGACUUCCAGGUAAGGGACUCUGCCCAGUCCUUCCUGACAGUCCACGUCCCUCUCUCCGUGUCCUACAUCUGUGUGACGGCACCGAGGGGCUGGGCUUCCCUGGAGCACCGCACCGAGAUGGAGUUCUCCUUCUUCUACGACACCGUUCUCUGGAGGACAGGGAUCCAGACGGACAGCGUGCUCUCGGCCCGCCUGCAGAUAAUCCCCAUCUACAUCCGCGAGGACGGACGGCUGGUCAGCGAGUUCAGGACGCAGGCCAAGUUCAGAGCGCUGUUUGUCACGGAGCACCACAGCCUGCCAGAGGUCAGGUCCUCUUUGAGAACUCCAGAGCACCUGGGAGGCAUCGAAUUUGACCUGCAGCUGCUGUGGAGUGCUCAGACUUUUGAUUCUCCCUGCCAGCUCUGGAGAGCAACCAGCUCCUACAACAGGAAGGAUUACUCUGGAGAAUACACCAUGUUCCUGAUCCCCUGCACGGUGCAGCCCACGCAGCCGUGGGCAGAGCCUGGAGCCAAGCCCCUGCCCUGCACGGCUCACGCUCCCGAGCGGUUUUUGAUCCUGAUCACCUUCCAGCAGACAAGCCGCCCAGUUCCAGUUGUUUACUCCCAGAACGCAAGAGUUUCAGAUCUGUAACGACGAGAAGGUUUUUCUAAUGGACCCCACCAAAUCGGAAAGGUCUCUGGCAGAAAUGGAUUACAAGGGGGGCUUUUUCCAAGGGUAGGAUUUACCUCUCC